AUGUACGCAACACUAGUGGCAGUAUGGCUUAUCUCAACUUGCGUGGGACUUGCCCGCUGUUAUAGCAUCAGUCCAAACUCGCAGUUGCUACUCAAAGCAGAUCGUCUCGCGGCCGAACGCCUCGACUGGAGGACUCAUCUUUUAACAAAGGAUGACCAAUCCAUCGUGUUAAAUUUUGAUAACAUCCCGACAACCGACGGACAAGCGGCCAUUGGACUAUACAACGGCCUUCUCUUCGAAGGACUGACAGUUGUUAAUGUCUCCGAAAGCAGCGUUCUCGAUAUUGAGGACAAGGACUGUGCAACAUCGCACCCAAACACCUUAGUCAGCUCGUUUUUUCCCAACGGCCAGUUCCCCCAGAUCAAAAUCGAAGCACCGCGGUCUAUCGACGGAAAUUCGUCCCUCAUGUUUGAUAUCGUGUCCCUCUCCAUCAAGCCACGUCAAAGGCGCUCCUCAGACUACGUGCUCAUCGAGUACAAGUUCUGGCAAGUUCGAAACGGCAAGACCGAGGCCAUAUAUGUAGAUCAGGUUUUUCAUGGUCAUGGCCACCACGCCGUUGCCCACGUUGAGUUCGAAAAGUACGGAUUCCCCCUCCACGACCUCACCGCUGUCGACAUUGCUGUAAAGGAGGACAGCAGAGUGGACUUUGCGUUCUGUCUGGACGACCUAAACGUCAGGAUCCAUAACAUGACUGGCAGUAAGAUUUUUAGAUAG